AUGAAGUGGUCGUACCUUUGGACGGCCCCGGAUGUCAACCCGAUCAACCACAAAGCCCGUUCGAUCCCCUGUCUAAAUGUUUCUAACGUAUACGGGCGAGUCUUUUUCUUCUCCUGGUGGGGGUUCAUGGUAGCCUUCUGGGGUUGGUAUGCUUUCCCGCCUCUGUUGACACAUACCAUCAAAAAUAACCUCCACCUCACCUCCGCUGAGGUUGCUAACUCCAACAUCGUCUCGUUGUGUGCUACAUUGUUGAUCCGACUUGUAGCUGGUCCUGCCUGUGAUCGUUUCGGUCCUCGUUGGGUGUUCGCCGGCACACUUCUCAUCGGAUCAAUUCCACUCGGCCUCGCGCCUCUCGUCCACGACGCUCAAAGCCUAUACAUCAGUCGUUUCUUCAUAGGUAUCCUCGGUGGUUCCUUCGUGCCUUGCCAAGUUUGGUCGACCGGGUUCUUCGACAAGAAUGUCGUAGGAACUGCCAAUGCCUUGACGGGAGGCUGGGGUAAUGCUGGUGGUGGAAUCACAUACUUCAUCAUGCCUGCUGUCCUCGACUCUUUCGUAAGGCGCGGAUACUCCGAUGGCGUCGCGUGGCGUCUCACUUUCAUCGUACCCCUUAUUAUAACCAUCGCAACCGGCAUAUCUAUGUUACUCCUCUGCCCCGAUACCCCGACCGGAAAAUGGUCCGAACGCCACCUUCACGCGGGCCAGAACCCCGCAUCUCAAGGUAACAGCGCAUCCUCCAGCCCACCCAACGGCAUCGUCGAUGUCCCCAGUAACAUCACCGAGAAAGCAGAUUCCACAGGCGGCAAGAGCAUCCGCUCAGUCUCGCAAGACCAGAAGCCUCCCCCGCCGUACGCCGACCACGAAGCCGCGAUCCCUCCAGAGAUGCUCGAAACGGCCCGCGGCGAAGUAAUCCAAAACCCAGACUGGUCCACAGCAGCCCACGUCCUCUUCUCGCCGCAGACGCUCUUCCUCGCGCUGACGUACGUGUGCUCGUUCGGGGCGGAGCUCGCCGUCAACUCCGUCCUCGGGUCCUACUACGCCCAGAACUUCCCCUCGCUCGGCCAGACGGCGGCGUCCGAGUGGGCCGCCAUGUUCGGCUUCCUGAACCUGGCCACGCGGCCCCUCGGCGGCGCCGCCUCCGACGCCGUGUACCGCGCCCUCGGGCGCAGCCUCUGGGGUAGGAAGGCGUGCGUCGUGGGUUGCGGGUGCUUGGCUGGUGCUGGGCUGAUUAUUAUCGGGUUGCUGAACCCGCAUCACCUGCCUACGAUGGUCGGGCUCGUGGCGCUGAUGGCGAUGUUUGUCGAGGCCGGGAACGGCGCGAAUUUUGCGCUUGUGCCGCAUGUGCAUCCUCAUGCUAACGGCAUGGUCGCGGGCUUGACGGGCGCUGGGGGGAACCUGGGCGGCGUGAUAUUCGCGAUUAUCUUCCGGUUCAUGGGCGGCGGGACGGAUUACGCGAAGGCGUUUUGGGUCAUCGGUGUUAUUACUAUCGCGCUUAAUCUGUGUCUCUGCUGGGUUAGACCGGUGCCGAGGGGGCAGGUUGGUGGGCGAUAGGUGGGUUGCUUGGACUGAGCGAGUUCAUGUUCAAGUUUUUUUUGGUUUUUUUCCCCUUCCAUUUUGUCUUUUUUCCUUCUCGGUAUUAAUGGAUCGUUUGGGUGGCAAUAAGCGUGAGCGCAAGCGUAAAAUGACAAAUGGUCUAGCUGGCGUUGGGGGUUGGAAGGUAGGUAUGUAUGUAUGUAGUGUUAUAUCGGACAAGAAAUGGAAAUGGGGUAGGAUGGGUUUCAGGAGACAACAAAGCCUUAAUAACAAUACGUUUAGAUACCGAAUUAUGUAUUUUGUAUACAAUUUCAAUAUGCCGACCGUAAUCAAUUCGUUAAUUUAACUUGUUGUGUAGUGUUAGCAACUGUAGCAUUCGGUUGUGGCUUUCAACAGUAAGUGCCCCUUUU